ACCGCGGCAGGGUUCCGUCCCCCCGAGCCGCCCGGAGCUACGGGCAGCGGGCAGACUGUUAAACCGCGGUGGCGGCGGCAGCGGCGGCGGCGGCGGCGGCGGCGACGGCGGCCGGGGCGGGAGCGAGGCGCGCUCUGGAGACGAGUCAGCGGUGCCCCGGGUGGGGGAGGCGGGCGGGCAGCUAGAGAUCACCUCAGCAGCCCCACCACGGCUGGACCGAAGGUGCGGCGGUCGAGGGGAGCCAGGGCGCCCCAGCAGGUUUCCAAUAAUUAUCUACAGGAAUCGCCAUGACCCCAGCUCUGAGGGAGGCAACAGAAAAGGGUAUCAACUUUUCAUGUUUGCCAAGUACCAUGGAAUCUGACAAGAUGCUCUGCGUGGAAAGUCCGAGAACUGUAGAUGAAAAGCUGAAGGGAGACACUUUUUCUCAGAUGCUUGGAUUUCCGACUCCCGAACAUACUCUUAAUACUAAUUUUGUGAAUUUAAAACAUUUUGGCUCCCCUCAGUCUUCAAAACAUUACCAGACCGUUUUUUUAAUGAGUUCUAAUUCUACAUUAAAUAAAUAUAAUGAGAAUUAUAAACAAAAGAAAUUAGGGGAGCCCAGUUGCAAUAAGCUGAAAAACAUACUAUAUAAUGGCAGCAACAUUCAGCUCAGUAAAAUCUGUCUUUCUCAUUCUGAAGAGUUCAUCAAAAAGGAACCUCUAUCAGAUACCACAGGCCAGUGCAUGAAAGAUGUACAAAUUAUUUUGGAUUCAAAUAUAACCAAAGACACUAAUGUAGAUAAAGUACAACUGCAAAACUAUAAAUGGUUUCAAGAGAAUGCACUUUUGGAUAAAGUUACUGAUGCUGAGAUUAGAAAGAGUUUAUUGCACUGUUCUCAAAAGAAAAUUGUACCUGGCCACUCAAAUGUGCCUAUUAGUUCUUCAGCUGCUGAAAAAGAGGAGGAAGUAAAUGCUCGUUUACUUCAUUGUGUAAGCAAACAGAAAAUUUUACUUAGCCAGGCUAGAAGAACUCAGAAGCAUUUGCAGAUGCUCCUGGCAAGGCAUGUUGUUAAGCACUAUGGUCAGCAGAUGAAAUUUUCUAUGAAACAUCAACUCCCCAAAGUGAAGACCUUUCAUGAACCUACCACAGUUUUGGGUAACAGUUUACCUAAAUGCACUGAAAUUAAGCCAGAAGUUACAUUGACUGCAGAGAAUAAAUUGUGGGAUGAUACAAAAAAUGGCUUUGCACAGUGUACAGCUGCAGAAAUCCAAAGAUUUGCAUUGUCUGCGACAGGGCUGUUGUCUCAUGUUGAAGAGGGUUUGGAUUCCGAUGCAACUGAUAGCAGCUCUGAUGACGAUUUGGAUGAAUAUACCAUUAGAAAAAAUGUGGCAGUUAACUGUAGUACUGAAUGGAAGUGGCUUGUAGACAGAGCAAGAGUUGGCAGCCGAUGGACUUGGCUUCAAGCCCAGAUUUCAGAGCUAGAAUACAAAAUCCAAAAACUAACAGAUGUUCACAGGCAGAUUCGUGCUUCCAAGGGGAUAGUGGUCCUAGAAGAAUGUCAACUUCCAAAAGACAUUUUGAAAAAACAAAUACAAUUUGCAGACCAAGCAGCUUCACUAAACAUUCUAGGGAAUCCUCAGGUUCCCCAUGAGUGUCAAGAUCCUGUACCAGAACAAGAUUUUGAAAUGUCACCAAGCAGCCCUACUUUACUUCUUCGAAACAUCGAAAAACAGAGUGCACAGUUGACUGAGAUCAUCAACAGUUUGAUUGCCCCUCUCAACUUGUCCCCAACUUCAUCACCCCUCUCUUCCAAAUCCUGUAGCCAUAAAUGUCUGGCUAAUGGCAUUUACAGGAGUGCAUCAGAGAAUUUAGAUGAGCUGUCUUCCUCCAGUAGCUGGUUGCUUAACCAGAAGCACAGUAAGAAAAAGAGAAAAGACAGGACAAGAUUGAAAUCUUCAUCCUUGACUUUCAUGAGCACAUCAGCCCGAACAAGGCCACUUCAGAGUUUCCACAAACGAAAACUCUACAGAUUGAGCCCUACUUUUUACUGGACUCCACAGACUUUGCCUUCAAAAGAAACAUUUUUAAAUACUACACAAAUGCCUUGCCUGCAAUCAGAUUCAACUUGGAGUAACUAUGAACACGAUUCAAAGUCUUACCUAUUAAGAGAACAUGUAUCAGAGUUAGAUUCCUCUUUCCAUUCUGUUCUGUCAUUGCCAUCAGAUGUGCCUCUUCAUUUUCACUUUGAAACAUUGUUAAAAAAGACUGAAAUAAAAGGCAAUCUUGCUGAAAAUAAAUUUAUAGAUGAAUAUAUCAUAUCUCCAUCACCUGUACAUAGUACUUCUCUGAAUCAAUGGAGAAAUGGAUAUUCACCUAUAUGUAAGCCUCAAAUAAGAUCAGAAUCUCCUGCACAACUGUUACAGAGAAGAAAGAAAAGACAUCUGAGUGAAACAGCAUUAGGUGAAAGAACUAAACUUGAAGAAUCUGAUUUUCAACACACAGGAUCAGGAUCCCAUAGCAAUUUUACUGCUGUUUCUAAUGUCAACGUUUUAUCAAGAACCCAGAAUUCAUCAUCACGAAAUACUGCACGACGGAGAUUGAGAAGCGAAAGCUCUUACGACAUAGAUAAUAUUGUGAUUCCCAUGUCAUUAGUAGCCCCAGCUAAAUUAGAGAAACUCCAAUAUAAGGAAAUACUCACUCCAAGCUGGAGGAUGGUUGUUCUUCAGCCUUUGGAUGAAUAUAAUUUAGGCGACGAGAUGGAAGAUCUUUCUGAUGAAGUCUUCUACCUAAGGCACAAAAAAUAUGAAGAGAGAGAGCAAGCCAGAUGGUCAUUAUGGGAGCAAAGCAAAUGGCACAGAAGAAACAGCAGAGCUUACAGUAAAAAUGCUGAAGGACAGGACUUGCUUUUGAAAGAAUACCCUAAUAUCUUCAAUAGCAGGCAGCAAUGUGCUGCUGCAAGUCCUUCUGAGCUUCUUUCAGAGAACCAUGAUCUGUGUACACAUGGCUUACCUUUAAAUGAAAGUCAAGAAACCAAGUCUUUGUGGUGGGAACGACGGGCUUUUCCACUGAAGGGUGAAGACAUGGCAGCCUUAUUAUGUCAAGAUGAAAAAAAGGAUCAGGUUGAAAGGUCAAGCACAGCUUUCCAUGGUGAAAUCUUCUGUACCAGUGUACCAGAGAAUAGCCACCAUCCAAAAGAACAGUCAGAUGGAAUGGAAGAAUACAAAACCUUUCGUCUAGGACUGACUAAUGUUAAAAAAAGCAGGUGACAGGGAACAGGUUAAGAAAACUAUGUAAAUGUAGGAAAGAUAGGAGGAAAUAAAGCCCUGUUCUGGAUCCUCUAUCCCCUCCAGAAUGAGAGCAUGUUCUGCAUGUAUUAAUCUUUUAUGCUGUUUAAGAAACAGGCAAGAUAAGUCUGUUUUUCCUUCUGGAACCACAAGGGUAACCAGCUUUUCAUCUACAGACAAGUGGUAGUCAUUUGUGUUUAUCAUGCAACUUACAGACACCAAGAUAUUAACUGCUUCAAUUUGAUGUCAAAUCACAUUACUGGGUAAUUUUAAGACUAUGUACCCACAUCAUACAUUCACACACAUAUAUACACACAUACAUACAAACUUGUGCGCCAAGUGACAGCUAUUCUUUGUUUAUAUACAUGGUAAUUCAUUAAAAUUGCCUUAGUAAUAUAUUAGAAUAUAUAAAUAUAUGUGUUUAAAAUAAAUAUACAUACACCCCCCCCAAUGUAGUUUUAAAAACACUGGUAAUGACCCACUCCACUUGGAAAUGCAUGUAUGAACUACUCUAUGAAAUGUAAGCUGCAGUAUAUAUAAAACACAGAUUUCCACUCAUAAAAGACAUCUAAACGUCUUGAAUAUAGAGACGGAAGGUUUUGUUUUGUUUUUGUUUUUUUUAGUUUUUUAACAUGUUUAACCAAUAGAAGUUAUUUACAGAAAUUCAUAUACCAGAUAAUACAAAACUCCUUUAUUCAAAAUCACUGAUAUCUUUUGGACUAAACACAGGCUUUCUGUUUACUCCCAACAGAAUAAAGCAAGCAAAUCUGAGUUAAAUAUUGGUGCACUUUAAUACUAUCACAUCUUUGAAAACUCAAUUUGAGUUUUACCUAUUUAAUGUGUCUCAUGAAGACACCAAUUUAAAAUGAGCCACAAACAGUAAAGUCCUAUCAGUAUAAAAUUUGAAGGAAAAAAAAAAGAUGAUUGUAUUUCUAGAUUAGCAAGAAAUUAGUAAUUCUGGCUGAUUUCUAUUUCUAGCUAAUUUGGUCAUUCUUUGCCAUAGCUUACUCUAUUCAAAUAAACAUCUAUUCUUACUUGCAUCCUAGAUUGGGAAUUAAAAGUUUCCAAAGGACUAUGUUUCAAUAUUGGAUACUGAAGAGUAUACAUUAAAGAAAAUUCCUUCUGAAGUUAUGAAACCAUUUAUAUGUGAAAGUUGAGGACAAUUUAUAUAUAAAUCACUUUUUGCCAUGUAAAAAAGGUUAUUCAAGUUUAGUACCUGCAUAACUGAAAAUAUUGGCCAUUUGGCCUAGUCUGUGAGAUUUAACACUAAGUUUUUGUUAGAGAUUGAAAAUUCUACUAGUCCUUUUAAAGGGUAAAAAAUUCAAAUUCAAUACUAACAAACUUUUGCUUGUAGUUUUACUGUACAUUUAUUUUUAAAGAAAAAGAAAACAAAAGCCAGACAAACCCAAGUUGUCCAGGUAAACAAACUCAAAUCUUUAUCACAUCUGAUAUUAUAAUCUUCUAUGUAAGUUUUUUAAUUAAAGUUAUUUCUAUAU